AAAAAUAGUGAGACUUUGGAUAGAUUUGUUGGUCAAACCAAUAUGAGAGGAAAGGGAGAUAAUUAUAAUAUUCUCUCUGUUUUUGGACCUCAAAGUAGUGGUAAAUCAACCUUGUUGAAUAGACUUUUUGGAGCUGGUUUUCCAACUAUGGAUGCAAGUACUGGUCGUUAUCAAGUUACACUAGGAGUUUGUAUGGCAAAGGCUAACAAAACAUUGGAUAAAGAUAUUCUCUUGAUGGAUUUGGAAGGAACUGACUCAAAGGAAAGAGUUUCGGAAGUUUUACUUGUAAAUAUGUGGAUGCAAGAUAUUGGUAGAUAUAAUGCAGCUAACCUUGCAUUACUUCGUAUUGUUUUUGAAUUGAAUUUACAGUUAUUUACUAAGGACAAAUCUUCCAAGACACUUUUACUUUUUGUUAUUAGAGAUCAUAUUAGAGAAAUGACACCACUAGAGGCUUUACGUGAUCAAAUGAUCAAGGAUGUUGAAAAGCUCUGGGGUAAUAUCAUGAAGCCAACACAAUUUGAGGAUUCUAAGGUGACAGACUUUUUCGAUUUUGAAUUUACUUCACUUCCACACAAGCUCUUGCAAGAAGACCUUUUCAAUAAGGAAAUUGAGCUCAUGAGAGAUAGAUUUGUCAAUCCAAACGCUAAGGGCUAUGUUUUCAAUCCAAAGUAUAAAAAGUCAGUGCCAAUAGACGAUUUUGAAAUGUAUGCUAAAGAUAUUUGGGAAGUCAUUUAUGCUAACAAGGAUUUGGAUAUUCCAACUCAAAAAGAAAUGUUGGCCAUGUAUCGUUGUGAUGAAAUUUCCUCUGCCUUGUACAGACCUUUUGAAGAACAAAUUAUUGAA